CCAUGAUGUUCAAGCUGCUCGGUCGCCAGGAAUACGAGAGAAGAAGGCGCCUCGUGCGGCAGACUUGCAGAUGCACUGCCACCAAGCCAUCCUCACUUCAAAUGACCACAGUCUAACCUAUCCGUGUCAUUAGAAAUCCAUACUAUCCUCUUUACAAACUAGCACAGCCUUGCGCAGCGAGAUUUGCCUUGCAGCUGCAUCGCAAGUGCGCUCUUCAUAAAACAGCCCAUUCCACAGUCCACCAUCACAUCGCCGACCAGCGAACACCACGUUAUCUCACCUGCACAACCACAUCGCCGCAAUCAUGGUUGUGCAAGGUCUCAAAACCGUCUCCACAUCACGGAACGGCCUCGGCGCCUUCAUCCUCCAAUGCAAACGCCUCGACUUCCACUACUGCGACUGGGCCGGCUCUUCACGCGGCAUGAAAUCGUUCCUGACAUCCCCUCUCCUCGCGUCCUUCACGCAAAAAUACCCAGGCACCGAGUUCCGGAUAUCGCCUCGUCCGAAUAAACACCCCAUCGUCAAGGCGUAUUUUAUCAACGGCCGUGAGAAGGCCGUGUGUCUGCGCAACCUCGAGAAGGAACAGAUUCUGAAGAAGGUCGAGGUUUUGGUCACGAACAGCGGCAAGAAGAACGAGUUGAUCAGAGGCAAAAAUGUGGUUAGUGUGAAUGAGAAUGUUAGAGGAAUGUGGAGUCCUAUGCAUGGCGGGAUCAAGACUAUAUGAGAUCGGAACAGUGUACAGGACACUGGGAAGUAUUCGUUCGAACAUUUGAACGGUGCACUGGAGCAGAGGAGCGGCCAUCUUCCAGCGUCUGGGGUUGAUGAAAUGGUAUUUCGGGCGUCCAAUGCAUGGUGCGCCCUUCUGGGAUCGCAACACUGUACAGAUGCUGAAGUGCAGA